CUUCAAGACUACCAUACUCACCCUCUAACUGCCUGAGCGUCGCCGUGACCAACAUCCAUUAUGGCAGAAGUCGUCCGAGCCCGCACAUCUUUCGCACCCUCAUCACCUUCCCGCAAACGCUCCGCCUCCCCGGACGCCGCACCUUCCACCACUCACAACCCCAGCGUCGGUACAGCGCUCACUACCGCUAACAACGAAACACCCCUCUCCUCCUCCGAGCCACCCGCCAAAAAGACGAAGCUGAUCCGCCGCAAACGCAGGCCGGCCCGCCCUCAAGUCGACCCCUCAACCCUCAAAUCUGAACCACCCCCACAGACCGGCACAGUCUUCAACAUCUGGUACAAUAAGUGGUCUGGUGGUGACCGUGAAGACGCACAAUUAUCCAAGACCGCAGCUCCUUCGCGCUGCAACAUCAGGAAUGACUCUGGCUGGACGGCCGCCGACAAGACACCCGGCAGUUACUUCUGUCUUUUCUUUGCGCGGGGCAUCUGCCCCAAAGGCCAUGAGUGCCAGUAUCUCCACCGUCUACCGACUGUGUACGACGUUUUCAAUCCCAACGUCGACUGCUUCGGGCGGGACAAGCACAGCGACUACCGCGACGACAUGGGUGGGGUCGGCAGCUUCUUGAGACAGAAUCGCACACUCUACGUUGGCCGGAUCCAUGUUACGGAUGACAUUGAAGAGAUUGUGGCGCGACAUUUCCAGGAGUGGGGCGAGAUCGAAAGAGUAAGAGUGCUCACCGGCCGUGGCGUUGCCUUUGUGACCUACGUGAACGAGGCGAACAGUCAAUUCGCGAAGGAGGCGAUGGCGCAUCAGGCGUUGGACAACAAUGAGAUACUUAAUGUUCGGUGGGCGACCACCGACCCCAACCCACUCAGUCAGAAAAGAGAAGCAGCGAGGAUUGAAGAGCAGGCUGCUGAGGCGGUAAGGCGGGCGCUUGGGGAGAGAACUGUAAGAGAGAUUGAAGGACGCGAAACCAAGGAGGAGCGAGAGCAGAGACGGAUCCAGUCUGGGUAUGGACUGGAAGGGUAUGAAGCACCGGAGGAGAUUUGGUUCAAUCAGCAGAAACAGUUGGAGGGCCAAGGAAUGGGAGAGAGAGGGCUAAUAGAGGCGCCUACACCUCAAGAGGCCACCACGCAAAAUGCAGCGAUACCACAGUCGGAACUGCAGUCAGUUGAAAAGGAAGCAGCUGACGGAGGCGAUGGGAUAUUUUCGGGCUCUACGCUUGCUGCGUUGAGACGGAAUGCAUCGACCGCAAGAUCACUACCUGCGCAAGCCGUGAGACCGGCUGCCUCUGCUGGACCGUUGGUUGCGUAUGGUAGUGAUGACGAGAGUGAUUGAUUGGGCACAUCGCGUAUAACGACAGCAUUUUAGCGUCUAUCAACACUUCAGUGGUCCGAAUUCACAGACUUCUUCGAUGUUUGCAAUGCUACGAGAUGGUUCCACUCAAGCCUUCGCGCAGACAGGGAACAGCAAGCCUUGCUAUAUCUGUUCUUUGAUCUAGCUGAUCGUAACAGGAUGCUGCCACUUACAGCGCCACAAGGAGGCUGGUAACUACCUUCAAGGCCUUACGUGGUACUAUCCCAGCUUAUGGUGAGCUGACGCGUCUCGAUCAAACACGGAAUUUUCCCCUCUCCUGAUUUAAUCCUACACGUACGAGUUAAUAGGUGAUGCGAAACUACACUUCUGAAGAUUCUUACCUGGGCAACCGAACCUUGCGGAUAUGAUGGGUUCAGCAUUGUUUGCGCGUCGGUUUGCCUCGCCAGGCAUCAGGAACGUGAGCUGCUGUUGGGCCUCUUCUGAGCCUAUGGAGCUUGAUUGGUGCCUUCGACCUCGCAACCUCAUUACUCAACCUGCGUUGUCCUGGGUUCACCCGUGCCUCGCCCGGGCGGCAUGAGAUGACAUUCGAGGCGAUCCGCGAAAGCGGUAUACGGAAUGAAAACCACGGCCUCGGCGCAGGGCAAAUUUAAGCCACACUCGAGGACAUCUUGGCCUUGCCAAAGCAGGACUAUCUGCCAUAAGGUCUCCGACUUCUGAAGCAAUAUCAUAUUAUUUUCCGCAGCCGAUAUAUCAUCUGAGGGCAGUCAUGGACAAAAGGAUAUCGCAACACCAGAGUAUGCUCCACGUGCGUCUCUUCACAUCAUGUAGUGCUAUCUUCACAAAAUCUGUCGCCCUGGCAGUUCGUGUACCUCAGAACCAGUCUUUGGUUUGAUACCCUCCAGCUCGGAUGGUCGGGAGAGCUGGUCAGAAUAAGGAAGCGCAGAUUGAGGGUAUGACUGUGACUUGUUUGAAAGGAUCUGUGGUAUCAAUGGCUGAGAGGUGUUGGCCUGUCUGCCUAGGCGGCGACGGUAUCUGACCAGGAGCGCUGCUAGUGUCAUGAUGAGGAUUGCUGUGACGGCGACGGCGAUUCCGAUGCCAGCCUUGGCCGCAGUCGAAAGGCCACUUGACGAUGUGGGAGCUGACCCAGAACUGUCUCCAGCCUGGGUCGCGGUGCUGGUUGGAGUGGUCUGGGUCAGAGAAGGACUACUGAGUGAAGUUGUCGAUAGGGGUGCGGUCGUAGACGUCGAACUUGUUGUGGAUGGGGUUGGGCUAUGUGUGGAAACGAUCGCUCCGAGUCCGUUCAGGACUAUUCCACGGUCUUCUGAGCAGCAGGAAGGAUCGUUGUCGCAGCAGAAACUCCCGUCAUCGCAUUCGACCGCACGAGGUAAGAAUCCUGUGCCUGGUUCUGUUGCUUGUUAUCAGCCUAUGGAGGAGGGACAUGAAGGAAGUGCAGGUGACGACGAACCAUAUUGACAGAUAUUUGAGCAUUCACUCCACGGGAAGACGGCACAGGCAGGAACGACGUGCUGGCCAUUCUGCACACAAAAUCGAUUCGGAUCACAGAGGUCUGCUGUCUGGCAGCAGAUGCGAGAGCCGGAGCACUGCGUGUUAUUUGAGAAAACCUGCCCGGUCCAGCCAUAGCAGUCGAUCUUCCCCUGGAACUCAUCGUCUUGGGCCAGGACGUCUCGAAAGGCGGCCCAGAGGAGAAGACUGUGUAUCCUCAAGGAAAGCAUCUUCUGCGGCAGGGUUGGAAGAAGUCAGUUUGUCGAGAUUGCUGGAGCGAAACCGAGGGAAUAAGGUUUGGUCAGAAGGGACAGUGAUGUACUACCAUGCAAGGCGAGAGAAGGCGAACGGAGGGUAUCCUACUCGUCCAGUAGCUCUGAGCGCUACGAGUACCUCCGUACACAGUACUGCCAGGACAUUGUUAAGGGGCUAUUUGACAGACCAUGGGCCACUAAUCGCCGCGGCGCAAACACUUGAUAACAU